UCCUUUGCGUGCUGUUCUUGUUUUGGGGGGUGGGUUCUUUUGUUUCUCGGUGUCUUUCGUCGCUCAGUCAUGGCGCACCGGCCCAGUGAGGGCCUGCCGGCCUCCCUUUCGGCGGAGGCGCCAGCGCUGGGGCUUGGACAGCUCACAAACAGGGACUCCACAGUUCGGUCGGGAAGGUGCAGCCAGAGGUGGAUGGAGGCGAGCGCCGGCGCCGCAGGGGCCGUGGUGGCCUCGAUGGCCUUGCAGCCUGUGGAGGUGGCUAAGACCCGGAUUCAGAUCAGCACUGGAGGAGAUGACAGCACCUUGCAAACCCUCAGGAAGAUCGCUGCGGCUGAUGGUUUCUUGGGGCUUUGGCUCGGGGCUUGGGGGAAGUGUGCGGAGAAUGGAGCCAAAAACUUUGCGUAUUUCUACAUCUAUGAUGGCAUGAACGCCCUCGCAAAGAGACAAAUGGAAGUGACGACCCUGGUGAAACUCAUCUUGGGCUACGUGGCUGGUGUGGGCAAUACCUUGAUGAACAUGCCCUUGGAGGUGAUCUCAACAAAGAUGCAGCUCGAUGAUGCCAAGGGGAUCUCGACCUUUGGGAUGCUGCGGCGGAUCGUGCGCCACGAAGGAGUCGGCACUUUGUACACUGGUUUGGGCUAUAACAUCGCGCUUUGCAUCAAUCCGGCCAUUCAAAACACCAUCCUGGACAAGCUCAAAGAGGGGAUCCUGAAGCACAUGCAGCGCAAGAACCCCCAGGUGGCGCCCGCCUUGACGGCGUUCCAGGCGUUCACCCUUGGAGCCAUUGCCAAGGCGGUGGCCACAGUCUUGACGUAUCCGCUGGUGCGCUUGAAGACCAAUUUGCAAGCAGGUAAGGUCCCAACCUUGGAGAGGCAGCCCAGCCUGCGCAAGGUCACUUCCAAGACGUCCAAAGGCUCACAGCCUGCUGGCAUGGAACGUUCAGGUUCGGUGGAGAUGAUCCGUGCCCUCUCCUUCCGCGAGGACAAAGAGCCGGAAAAGCUCAGUCUGUGGCAGAGGUUCGUGGAGCUGUACCGAGGAGUGGGAUCGGCCUUGCUGAAAAGCACACUGCAAAGUGCACUUUUGUACAUGGUGAAGGACCAGGUGGAGUUCACCGUGGAACGGUUCUUCCACCUGAGUGCCGAGGUCUUCUACCGAAAGACCGGGCAACUGAAGCUGGGCGGCUUUUCCGGUCGGCCCCUGGCAAGCUGAGCGAAGGUAGUUUUUGUUGUUUGUCGCCCACACGGUGGAAGGUUCGUGGGUGAGCAGUUGUGGAUGAC